UGGGAUCUAUUUUAUUGCUUACUCUAUGUGUGUUGGCUUCAAUGCUGCACACAAUAAAUUGUGCUGAAGGUGAACAUCACUAUGUUUGUAAAGACGAUCACAAGAACGCUAAAGGAGUGCUUUUUAUGCACACGCAGGACUCAGUGGAUUACCAAGCUGCCGAGAAAUUUUGUAACGAUAGAGGCGCCAGUAUACCUAACGCCGUCAACGAGGGGAGUUGCAUGUUACAACUUUCCACCCAAUUACAGAGCACCUAUCCUGACAGCGAACUAUUAUUCUGGGCUACUGACCCUGGUUUCUCACCGUAUAGCUAUAAUGGACAUUCCUCGAGUCGUGUAGAGAAAGAACAUGUAGCCUGCUUUGACAAGAGGAUUUGUCUACGGCCUACAGAUCCAGCUUAUGGGUCUUACAGCAACGGUGUAUUCUCCCAACAAGAAUUUCUGAAUACGCUGACUUUGACAUGUAAACCGGGAUAUGAGGUUCAAGGUAACCCGAAGGUGACUUGCAUCACGGCACCUUCCACUACCAGCCCACUAGCCACAUGCGCCAAGAUAUGUACAAAACCAACUGUAACAAACGGAGCUUUUAGGAAUGGUUCAUUCAAUACCAUAAACAAUCAGUUGGAGGGAACGUGUGACUAUGGCUACCAUUCCACACAAGUGCUUAAUGCGACUUGCAACCGUUUUGGCCAGGUGACUGUCGUGGGCGAAUGCAGCGCUUUGUGGACAACAGUGAGGCACCACGACAAGUAUUACCUUUCAACAUUCAAUAACCGACAGUGGGUGCAGUACGACGUGGCAAGCAGGGCCUGCGCUUUCUACGGCCAACGUCUCUUGUCCGAGAGUGAUAUGCCUGAGUCAGUAUUGAAAAGCCUUCACCUUCGCCCCGGUGCAUAUUUCCUUGACGGCGGCAAGAAGAUCGUGACACAAAACUACGAGGAAGGAUCAAACCGAGUGAUCCUGCAGAUUUUCAAUAUCUACCCUGGUACUACGAAACAGAUAUUAUGCAUUCAGAUCUGCAAUCAUGGGCAACUUGUGAAGGGGCGCUGCAUCUGCAAAUACAGGUACAUUGGCGAAACGUGCGAAAAAGAGAUCAGACCAGCAUUCAUCUCAGUUUGUGCAGCAACUGAGGAGAGCCCGAAGUUAAGGUUUCCGCUGAUGGGCUCUGCUGCUACCUUUUAUCAAGCAGUCAGUUCCCUUCAAGAUGCACAACACCUGUGUCUCGAAAGGGGAUUUGGAGUGCUUGAUUUCGGCGACAUUAGCAGUGGCACGGGAAAUGAGAAGAUUUGCAAGCUCUCUCGUAUAAUAAAUAUCCUCGGUUUUCUUUCUUUUAACUAUCGGCAAGGAGCGACAGCUUCUCAUCCGUCUUCCAUCAGUUUCUGGUCAGCCUAUUCCCCAAAGAUCUACGCCAUGAGUGGUAUCAAGGGUCCCACAGAACAGAGUUCCGUUCUGAUGCCCUAUGAAUCUGGCCAAAAAUAUUCCGUGGCUUGUGAAGGACACUGGAGGCGGAAAACAGUACAAUCUGGCAUCUUCUCGCUCGCCACGUUGGCUAAGAACGCGGCAAUCUCCUACGAGUUUGCAGGCGACGCCUGCGCAUACAUCAACCACAGGCUUCUGACCCUGCAGGAGUUUUCCGCCGCUUUCGAGUACGACGCAACACUUCGAGCAAACCUCGAUGAUCUCCUGGUGCCUGGUGUUGGUCCAGACUAUAUCCUCGCCGGAGGGCGGGUCAAAGCUCAUUAUAGCAAGGUGCGUGGAUCAUCGCAUGUGGUGUUUCUGGCCACCGAUGGAGCAGAAAGGUAUUCGGUCCUUUGUGGAAGAGGUAACUUUGCAGCUCUCGGGCCAGCUCACUGAGAAUCGUGGGUAAAAGGCAGUUCAGACACAUCAAGCAUCAGCUGUGAAGUACCUGAUUGACUGCACGUAUUCCCUUUCACCUUUCAUCUUUCACCGUUUCAGAACAUCAGAUUUAUAAUGCUUUUGCUUAGUUGUAAAUCUUUAAAUUGCAGAAUAACCUGAACUCCGAAAAGGCGACAAGGUGACAACAGUGUAAUGAAUACAAUAAACAGAACCAGCUUCUACCAUAAACUUAUCUAUUUAUUGCCAUCCUUUUCUACUUAUACUUCUGUUUUUCUUGCUAGCGUCUUCUAAAAUAUAUUCUUUGGUUUGUGCAAAUAGUUGCAAAGGAAGUCCUAGAGGAUUGAUCCACCCUGUUACGAUGAAUUGCAUUGCACCGGUCCAGAAUCUCAUAUUCGCUCCGCACUUUAUUUGCAGAAAGAAUCUGACUAUUCUAUUUCGGUCGUCCCUAUUUGCAUCUUCUUCAGUUUAUACUUUGGUU